CAUAUAUCUGCCUGCCUCGAACAAUUCCUCGACGUUACGAGCCGCAGUCCAUUGAUCGCCAGGGCUCUGCAUCAGCUUAAGAUUUGCGACAGGGUUAUCUGGGAUCUUCGCCUAGCAUGUCUUCCGAUCCGAUCUCCGAGCCAGCCUCGCCCUCCAAGACUCCUCUGCUGCACAUGUACCAUUCGUACGAUCAUGGCCUUCCCGUCAAGUCUGAACCACUGAUAACGGUUACCACAUUAAGCUCGCUCGAGAAUGGCGAUGACUACUAUAACGACGUUGACACAAAAAAGAAGCCAGGGUUUUGGAGGCGAAUGCUGAUGGCUGUAAGAAGAAGACGGAGUGUUGCGUCACGGGGUAACAACUUGACGAACAUGACUGUGGGUCGAGGGGAAAAGAGAGUACCGAAGCAGCCGAGAUCGAAAAAGACCUACACUGCUUGGGGGUGCCUGCUGGCCAUCUUCCUAGUUGUGUUCUUCUUCGGAUUAGUUCACAUCGCGAACGUCAUUUUGGGCUACGUUUCCAUGCUCAAGGACGACAGGACUCCCGCACACGGGAGGCAUAGACAUGACCGGUGGGGUACAAACGACGCCUCUUACCUGCUGGAUAUCACACGUGAUGUCAUCCCCAUCGCAUGCCACUCCCACAACGACUACUGGCGCCGCGUCCCUCUCUACGACGCACUCCGCUGGGGCUGCACCGGCGUCGAAGCCGACGUCUGGCUCUUCGACGACGACCUCUUCGUCGGCCACAACACACACGCCCUGACCAAGGACCGCACCUUCCGCUCCAUGUACGUCGACCCUCUAGCCGCCAUGCUCGACAGCAAAAACACCGCCAGCGCAUUCAGCAGCGCCUCCACAAACAAAAGCGGCGUCUUCGACACCGCGCCCGCCCAAACCCUAGUCCUACUCGUCGACUUCAAAAACAACGGCGCAAACAUCUUCCCCGUCGUCUCGCAGCAACUCACCGCGCUGCGCGAAAAAGGCUACCUAACCUACUUCAACGGCACCACAACCGUCAAAGGCCCCAUCACCGUCGUCGCCACAGGAAACGCCCCCUUCGACCUCGUCACCGCAAACUCCACCUACCGCGACAUCUUCUUCGACGCGCCCCUCGACAGGAUGUACGAAGAGCCCACACCCCUCCGCGACGUCUCACAGGAGCAAGACACCGACGACGACGCCACAUCCACCCCGGCCAUCGUAACCUCAGGCCAAGGCACAGUCGGCACCUCCCCAACCUCCCACUUCGACGCAACAAACUCCUUCUACGCCUCCGUCGACUUCCGCCGCUCAAUCGGAUACAUCUGGUUCGGCCACAUCUCCCACCACCAGGUGCACACCAUGCGCGGCCAGAUCCAGGGCGCGCACAAGCGCGGCCUUAAAGUGCGGUAUUGGGGCGCCCCGCAGUGGCCUAUUGGUCUGCGCAAUAGGAUCUGGGAUGUUAUGGUGGAGGAGGGCGUUGAUUAUCUGAAUGGGGAUGAUUUGGAGGCGAUGACGAGGUUGGAUUGGGGGGCGAAGAGGCAUACGGGGUGGUUGGGCACGCAGUGAUGAUGGUUGUGUGGUUUUACGAAUUUCCUUUUUCUUAUGUGGAUGUAUGAUGUGGAUGAUACCCGGUAGCGGCAUAUAUGAAUGAUAUGGAUGACACUUCAACUCUGGCUUUUUGCGUGGAGAAUGUGUUUGUGCAAGAAGAGGUUACGCGGAUCGUUGAUACUGAUGGGUUGACUGCCUUACUUCUUCAAGACAGUUACAUCCAGUUCAAAUCCUUAC